AACAGUAGGCAGGCAGUGAAGCAGGCAGGCUGCCGACUACAGGCAGUGAGUCCAGGUUUUGGGGUCAGGAACCGGUCUGACCAAAGAAUGGAGAGCCUGUAAGGACACUAGCUUUCAGGAAUAUGUGCUCUGGAGGAUGUACCAGUUAAACACACUAAGACUCUCACAGAUCCAGCCAGGGAAUGUCAAGACAUGUUUCAGGUCAUAGUGAGUGCAGCUAAACAUGUCCGAUAGUGUCGAUAUUGAAGAGAAACCACCUGCCCCCCCCUUGAGAAUGAACAGUAGUUCCCGUGACCCUUCCUCAGUGCACAGUUCUAAACCGCUUCCAAUGGCUCCAGAAGAGAAAAACAAAAAAGCCCGUCUCAGGUCCAUUUUCCCAGGGGGAGACAAAACCAAUAAGAAGAAGGAGAAAGAGCGUCCUGAGAUAUCCCUGCCCUCUGAUUUCGAGCACACCAUCCACGUUGGCUUUGACGCAAUUACUGGAGAGUUCACUGGUAUUCCAGAGCAGUGGGCCAGGUUAUUGCAAACGUCUAAUAUUACAAAGCUUGAACAGAAGAAAAAUCCCCAGGCUGUUAUAGAUGUUCUCAAGUUCUAUGACUCCAAAGAGACCGUCAACAACCAGAAAUACAUGAGCUUUACAUCAGGGGAUAAAUCUGCUCAUGGUUACAUUGCAACCAAUACUCUGAAUCGCCUCCUGUCUUCCGGGCCACCUGUCAGCCUUAGAACCUGCAGCGCGUUAUUUGACAAGCAGGGUGCUAAGACAGCAUCUGAACCUCCUAUUGCACCACCGGUGUCUGAAGAGGAAGACGAGGAAGAGGAAGACGAAGAGGAAGAUGAUGAUGAAGAUGAUGAGGUCCCACCUAUCAUUGCUCCACGACCAGAACACACCAAAUCUAUCUUUACACGUUCUGUUAUUGAGCCGGCUGCACCUCUUGCUCCUGUCAAAGAGGUCACAACCCCUCCAGAGUCCCAGGUCCAGUCAGAGAACACGUCCAGCACACUGUAUCGUAACACUGACCGACAAAGGAAAAAAUCCAAGAUGACCGACGAAGAAAUACUGGAAAAAUUAAGAAGCAUUGUUAGUGUUGGAGAUCCCAAGAAGAAAUAUACACGUUUUGAGAAAAUAGGGCAAGGGGCAUCUGGCACAGUUUACACCGCUAUUGACAUUGCCACGGGGCAAGAGGUGGCCAUCAAACAGAUGAACCUGCAGCAGCAGCCAAAGAAAGAACUCAUUAUUAAUGAGAUUCUUGUGAUGAGGGAAAACAAAAACCCCAACAUAGUGAACUACCUGGACAGUUAUCUGGUAGGAGAUGAGCUGUGGGUGGUGAUGGAAUAUUUGGCUGGUGGUUCACUUACUGAUGUGGUAACUGAGACCUGCAUGGACGAAGGACAGAUUGCCGCAGUAUGCAGAGAGUGUCUGCAGGCUCUAGACUUCCUUCAUUCUAAUCAAGUGAUUCACAGAGAUAUUAAGAGUGACAACAUCUUGCUGGGCAUGGACGGAUCAGUGAAACUCACGGAUUUUGGGUUCUGUGCUCAGAUCACUCCAGAGCAAAACAAACGUAGCACCAUGGUAGGCACACCCUAUUGGAUGGCUCCAGAGGUCGUGACCCGGAAAGCCUAUGGUCCCAAAGUGGACAUUUGGUCCUUAGGCAUCAUGGCCAUUGAAAUGGUAGAAGGAGAACCACCAUACCUGAAUGAGAACCCACUCAGGGCCCUGUAUUUAAUCGCAACUAACGGCACUCCAGAACUGCAAAAUCCUGAGCGGCUAUCCUCAGUGUUCAGAGACUUUCUUAACCGCUGUCUUGAGAUGGAUGUGGAUCGAAGAGGGUCGGCUAAAGAAUUACUACAGCACUCGUUCCUGAAGCUUGCCAAGCCUCUCUCCAGCUUGACUCCACUGAUUGUAGCUGCUAAAGAAGCCAUCAAGAACAGCAGCCGUUAGGAUGUUCCAACACAUGCAAACAUACGCAAUCACAAAGACACACGCACACACGCUGCUUAAGGCGCCAGAGCUGAUGUGUGUAUAUGUGUGAUGGCACAAAAACACAAUAUCUGAAUUUGGACACAAACACAAGCACAUGCUUAAACAUGCACCUCCCCUUCUAAGGGGAGCUCUUCAAGGUCUUUGGCAUGGAGUUGGCCCUGCUGCCUGGCCCCUCAGAUGUUUGGAACUGUCGCAUCAGCAUGCAACUACACCUCAGUGUGUCUGGAGAGGACACCGACAAAUUGGAAACAACUCCUUUGGUCCUUCUCUCUGGAAUAAAAGAUGUGUAUUACAGUAGACCUCUAAAAUCAACCAACCUAUUCUCUUAUUUAAUUAUUCUGAACUGACUUGGAUUACAAAUGACCAUCUUCGGGUUUAACAGGGUUUCCCUGUAAUAAAUGUCCAAAGAUGUGCACCUGCAAAUCUCUGGAUCUCCUUAAAACAUCUGCAUGACUGUCUACUGCAGCUAUUCACAGCAAUCAUUUCCUUCAUACACUGUGUGUGAGUGCAAAUCAGAGCAUAGAAGUGUGUUUGUUUCAGAGAGAGAGAAAGAUGGAGAGCAAAAUCAAUGCAAGUGUGAAUCUCACGAAAACAUGGUCACGUUUCACCCCAACACCAAUAGAUAAAUAAUAAAAAUAGAAAAACGUUAAUAUAGAAAAUAAAGCUAACUCUUAGCAUCCAAUUUCUUUUUUGAUGUGUUUAUUUCUAUUUAUUUAUUUAUUAUUUCUUUUAGGCCCAUUAACAUUUGCGAUUUGCAAAAUGUAUAUUUUUUCUUUUUUGAGGGGGGGGGGUAAAUGUGACCUUUGACAGAUUCUGUGAGUUUCACACACAUAAAAAUGGAUGUUCAGUUUGUUACUGUUCUAACACAAAUGUAAUCAUUUGAAUGAUGAUGUAUUUGCUAAAAUCCACCCUUUCUUUCUUUCGUUCUUUUUUUCUUUCUUUCUUUCUUUCUUUCUUUCUUUCUUUCUUUCUUUCUUUCUUUCUUUCUUUCUUUCUUUCUUUCUUUCUUUCUUUCUCUCUAUCAGAAUGGAUUCACAGACUGUUUUGUUGUGCAAUAUCUUUGCCAUAGGACACAGCAUCUAUGUUAUACUAUGCAUUUUAAGAGCCAAUGCAAAAUGCCGAAACCAACCCAUGAAGAGCCAAAAGUAGAGUGGGCUUUUGUUUUAUCUCUAGGGCAUUAUAGAGUAGGAAUCCUUGCUGGUGUUUCAUCAUUUGUUAACCACACCACAAAGAUUCAUCAUUUGUGAAUCUUUACAAUCAUUCAGAGAGCAGUGACAGGUAAAGAACUGUACACAUAGGACACAGCUUUGUUGUUGGUCUCGUCACUGCAUCUGUAUUUUCUCAUUUUAAAGGCCCUCUAGUUGUUUACUAAAAUAUUGCAACAAAACGUUUGUAAUGCAACACAGCACAUUUGCUGUGUACUUUAGAGGGCAACUGGUUUCUAUGAUUCGUUCUCUCAAGUCAGCUACUGUCAUGCCCGAGAUUGAAAAAAACUUGCUGAGAGAUGGUUGAACUUGUUGUCACCCAUUUAUCAGCACAGUACAUAAAAUGGGGACUGAACUAGCAAUGCAAUGGCCAAGCAUUGUAUUCAACUUUGUAUUACGCUCUUUUUAGAUGUUAUUUUUUUAUUGCAACCAUUUGUCCUGUGUGAAUUGCCCUUAAGAGAACGGUCUGUAAAUCCAACCCUACCAUUUGAGCACCUCAUGGGGUGCAACACACAUUGAUGGGGUGCUAUUUCUAAUGCCUUUUCAACAUCGGUCACAAGUUAAAAAUGUUGGAUUUUUGCUGAGGUCAUCCUUAAAAUCUCUCUUGGUUUACGAAUAGGGAUUCAUACAAAACAGGAGUCUUAAGUGUAUGCCCUUGUAGAGGAUGUAGGUGUCUGAUAGAUUAUGUCAACUUUGUAUAUUUCUUUACAAAUGAGUGUUUGGUGUGGGAGUUGUGCUAUGUAUGUGUGUAAUUACGAUAACCUUGGCCUGCUUUUAGUCUGUUUUUCAAAUCACUGUGAAAAUUCAGGAUAUUACACAAGACUGCGCCAACAUAAACAGACAUGUAUACAAGUAGAUGUAGAAUAGUAUUUUAGCAGACAACCGUAGGCAUCUAAAGGCAUGGACAGCAAUAUCUAAAUAGAGCUACUGCCGGCGAGUAUACCGCAAUGGAUGUCACAACCCCACCUACGGCUAGUAUCAAAGCAGGCAAAUGGGAGUGUUGUUUUAUAGUCAAAACCAGUUUCAUGCAUGACAUAACUGAAUUACUUUCCUCCAGCUCUGGUAACCUUUGAUAAGUUAGCAUUACAAACAUUUGAAGAUCAUAUUUAAUGUACAUUGUUAUGUUUUUUGUUCUUUUUUAAUGAAAACCUUACAACAGUAA